AUGACUGACACAUGGUUGAAGAAUGGGCAGGACCAGCAACUCAAUAUCCCAGGGUACAGAAUUUUCAGGGUUGGACGCUGGGCAGAGUUGGGGAAAGGACCAGGUGGUUGUGACCGAGAAGCAGCGUCAGCGAAGUUCAGGAGCAAGCACCUGAAACCGGCCAAAGCAAGGGCCCGGGACAAGCGCAGGAAGAAUGGAGCUGGGGAUUUUCCAUGUGGCGGGGUCUUCACGGGGAAUUUUUGUUUCGUUCAGUUUAAAGUUAAGCUGGGGAAAGUACAAGGAUACAAGAGAAGUGGAGACGAGCUAAAACUUUUUAUAUGCGGGGAAGCAGUAGAAACCCCAAUGUUCCGCAUGGAUACCCCGAGAGGGCCACUGCCGCGGGCGGGGCCAAAGACCGCUGCCUUGCGUGACUUAGUUGCAGCAACCAGCUGUUUACAAGAGCAGUGGCCCACGUUCGAACCCUACCGUCAUCUUCUGGCCUUGGGAAGCUUUCAGACCUCUCAGAAACUGGAGAAUGAACGGGAAAACUUGGAUGGCCAGUCAGACACAGCAGCAUCCACUGCACGGAGUUUCGAUGGACAGGGAGAUGCGCUGCACAACGCACUGAAACGAAAAAAAGGCUUGCUCCAAAAACUGAGGGAACAGCACAUGCUGGAUGAGUGCUCCAGGCCCCACACAUGGGGAGGGACCAGGAGACGAUACCGUCACCUGGAACCCAUUCAGCAGGCACCACCGAUUCACGUCUACCACCAACCCCCACCAGAGCAGCCUCGGAUUAUCCAACACUCGUACCCCCAGCAUCCGCCAACAAUCAUACAACAGUUGCCGCAGCAACAGCCACUCAUCACGCAGAUCCCGCCUCCACAGACCCUGCCUCCAAUCAGGUCUGGCAGCAUCAAGGAGGAUAUGGUGGAGCUGAUGUUAAUGCAAAAUGCCCAAAUGCAUCAGAUAAUUAUGCAUAAUAUGAUGUUGAAAGCACUGCCUCCAAUGGCAUACUCCCAACCUGGAGGUUCUUCCACCAGUCCUGUGGUCUCUCAUGGACAGGAUGUUCAGUCAGCUGUGCCAUUUAUAGUGAAAGCAGAGAAGCCUCGUCCAUCUUCAGUGCACCAUCAUCAUCACUACUCUUCCCAAGGACAACCCACAGUACAUCCACCUCCUCUCCCACCAAUAGGACACCCACUGUGGGCAUCUAUGCUACAUUCCAACCCUGUGGCACAUCACAACAGCCUGCAGCCUUCAGUCCAACACCUGAUGGGUCCCACAGUGACACUCCCUGCCUUACAAACGGAAUUAGUGGAUGGGACUUCCUCCCGGAUGCCUCCUGGGUUAUAAGUACAGAAUGAUACCAACCUGAAGCUCAGGAAUGCAGUGGAUUAAUAUCACUCCAGCCAGCAACUUAAAUCUUGGAAAAUGGGUUCUGAUCAUGAUCCAACAGUUGGAGUGUGGACCAGAGCAAUUUUAAUGGAAAUUUAUGUCAGUUUUCAGUGGAUAAUAGAUGAUAUGACUGUACAAAUACAAAAUGAGAAGGCAAAUUUUUAAAUAUUUUGGUAACUCCAGAAACAUAAGUAGCCCUUAUGUAGUCCUAUUUAUUCUGCUGAAUGAACAGAAGCCCAACACAAAUACACCACAUAUGGGAGACCCCCACGUUACCGGGGGUUGCAUUCCUAGAAAAUGUUCCGUAUCGUGAUUUUCCUUAACGCAAAGCUGCGUCAUCUGCACACGUGUCAAGAAACAUGAGUAGAAAAAAAAUUGCGUAUAUAUUUAUUUACUUUCCCCCCCACACAUAAACUCUGAGAGAGCAAAUUUUAUUCCAUAUGACAAAUUUUAGGAUAGUGAAUUGUGAAUUCUGUAAGGGCGAAUUUUUUGUUUACGUGGGGGGUUGCCUGUAUUCCUAUCCUACUGUGUAACACAAUAUCUCAAACAUAACUUUUAUGUUGUGAAAUAAACCAAGCUGCACAUUUUCCAUGAAGUUUUCCAUCCAUUUGCUCACCCAUCAGUACCAACCAUUCAACCGAAACAAUGAUAAUCCAUUCAUGACUGUUUUUAUUUGGACUAGGUUGAACAAACCAAUUUUUUUUUUAAAUCAACAUUUAUUUUUAUUUUAGCUUAAAUUUGUUGAUGGCACAAGAUAUUUGCGCCUUUGUCUCCACAUCAGCUAAAAAGGCAAGUCAGCCUAAUCCCACAUCCCAGUUGCUGAUCUGUGCCCUAACAGGAUACAAAAUAUCCAAGUAAAUGGUUAAAUGCUGCUUUGGUCAUGCUUACAGACAGUGAGUGCUGGACACACAUCAACCGUAAGAGCAAAAGAAUCAACUCACCCUUUAAUAAUCUCUUUAAUAAUAAGAGAUAUCCAGGCCCCUCAUAAUCUUAUAGACUUCAGUUAAACCUUUUAGUUUCCUGUUCCAAACAGACCACAGGUUAUCCAGCCUUCUCUUGGAGCUAAAUUUCCCUUGUCGGGUAAACUUCUUUGUAUCCUCUCCAAUAUAACUGUAUCACAACUGCAUGAACAGAGUUCAGAAUUUAACAAAACAAUUUACACACCCAAGAAGUCAGUGCUGAAUACAUUAAAUGUUUAUUAACAGAUCUUUAUUUUUGUUGUAGAACUGUAUAUUUACUUUUUCAAUUCGUUAUUAUUUUAUGGCCUUUAAAAGGUGCCAAUGCUAAACAUAGAGAAUAAAAUCUCUUCAUGUUUGAAAGGUGCUUUGUAUUUUUGGAUUCAUUUUUAUAACAGCACAUCUAGGAUACUCCUGGAAAAUUAAUUGCAAUGGAAGUAGUGGCUGUUGGGGCUGGCCUACUGCAUCUAUCCCUGGACAAAUAAACCAGAAAACAAGAGUUCAAAUCCCGCUAUGGCAAUUUGAGAAUUUGAUUUCAGAUUUUAAAAUUCUAGAAAAAAACGUUGGUAUGAGAAAAAAAGACCAUGAGGCUGCUGGAUUUUUAUAAAAAAUCUUUUUUGUUUGCUAUUGUCAUAGAGGAAAAGAAACCUGCAUCAUUACUUGCUGUGGGAAUUAUGACCCCAACCUUAUGAAGUACCCCAGCCUUAUGAAGUGCCCCAGCACAUCACCCAGUUGUUUCAAAUCAUGAGAAUACAGUGGCUCAAGAGGCCCCAUGACCAGUAUAAUAGGGCAAAUGGAGACAAACAAUAAAUGUGAACUUGCCAACAACAUCUACAUUCCAGAAAUCAUUAAUAAAAUAUAACUGCACUUGUUUGAGGUACAGGUUAGUUUGUAGAGGUAGUAUGACCACAGCCUCAGUCAUCUUAAAAUAGAUGGCUCAAUUUGAAAUUACAUACGUUUUAAGUUCAGAUAUGGCUUGUCUGGAAUCUCCCGAACAACCUAUUUGUUGAAAGUAGGAUCUAACUAAAGAAAAACAAUUAGGGAAGCACUAAUGGAAGCAGGCACUAAAUGGACAAUGUUAUUUACUAAGGAAAGGAUGGUUGGUGAGGGGAAUAAAAAAAGAACAAAAUUAUGAGCAUAAU